CAAAUCAAACUUCUGCAUUAACAUGCAUGGGAAAAAUUUCUCCAACCUGCAUGGUGUAAAACCUUAUCAGGACACUUCUCCAAUAGAAAACGAAAAGUUAACCAAAUAAAAAACAACCCAGCUUUGAUGUGUGGAGGAAGAACGCGAUAGGUGUAGACGCGGAGAUCAGAUCCGCCUUAUGAUAUUGUUAUAUACAAUGGGAAGACACGCUAAUUACCCGUGGUAAGCGCCGUGUUUAAUUGGAAAGAAUUCGACAGUUUGUCUCCUUUCCGUGUACCCGGCCUUCAGAUCGAUAUAAAUCGACAAACCUUCACCGUAGAGAGACGGUCGAUACAGGCGCUGCCGCGGAGCUGUGUAUUCACGCCACUCCAUUCAAAGUGAAGGAAAUAUUUACUUAAGGAAAACGCUUUAAAACACGGAUGACAAAUACUGCCUCUGUCGGAUUAGCAAAUAAUCAGGAAUUUCUAUAGCCCGGGGAAACUGAAAUAGCCCCAGAACAGGAGAGCCCGCGUGUUAAUCCCGCACCAGUUCAGAGAGAGCGGGGACGCGAUUUGUUGUGAAGGAUUACACUUACACCCAGCUGUAGACGGGGAAGGUAUUUGGAGAAUAGUGUUUACCUAGAACUUGCGACAUCAAAGUACGCCUAACGAGUUAAUUACAUCCACGAUACCAAUAUAUACUGUUGUCGUGUACACAUAACGGAAACAUAAAUUAAUUAAAGAUCAAAUCGUGUUAGUAUCCCGGGAUGUGACGGAUUUGUGUGGAGACGACGCAGUGUUUACUUCAGAACAUUGAUAUAAAUGUUACACAUAUAAUUAAUAGGAUUAAUUAUUAAGCGGGUAUACACAAGAGAAGAUUAAAACAUUUUGUUGGAAUUGGUUGAAUGUGGCGGAUCCAAGAAAUAUGUCGGUGAACAACUGCAACAUUCAGGCGCAGCUGACCCCCUCCACACGGCUCCCGAGGAUUAAAGAGGACCAAGAAAAAAUUCUUCAGUCCAACUUUUCAAGCAAUCGGAACCCCACGGAUUUGGACGUUACCCUUAUAGCGGCAGAGGCAGGGCUUUCCGAAGAGGACGUGAAGUUAUGGUAUCAACACCGUCUGGCGUGCUGGCGACAGCAACAAGGUCUCCCAGCCAAUUCUCGUUCCAUCAUGGAUUGAUGACGUCAUACCAUAGAGUGUUUUAAAAGAGUGUUCGCUUGGUGCUUUCAGCGUCUAAUAUUAUAGGCAUGGUUUUUGUGUGACGGAUAUCUAAACCGUUAAAAGAUAUUUUAGUAUUAACACAUUCAAAGAGCUUAGAUGCAACAGAAAAACUGUUAUCAAGCAUUAUUGCUGGAAAAUGGCGACUUAAACAAGGAAUUGCAUUAUUCAUGAAGUCUACUUGUUUUCAUUUAAUUUAUUUCAAUUGCUUUAUCAUGGAAGGUCCCCACUGCAGCAGUCCCACUCAUCAGUGACCCUGACCUUUGACCCCAGUCAUUUGGUCUGUCUCAAGAGCUAUCUUACGCAAAUAGUAUUUACUGUUGUUGAUGACCAUUUUUUGAGAUUUGUACAUAUUAAAUUGUUGAAAGAUA